AUGAGGGCGUUGGACGACGCGGAGCGGCUGCUCGUCAGCGGAUCGUUCGAGCGGGCGAAAAUCGAGGCCGCCGCCGCCCGCCAGGUCGCGGGUUCCACGUCCGAGCGCGUCGCCGCCGAGUGCGUGUGGAUCCAGGCCGAGUAUAAAUUGGGGGGAUUGACGCGACACGACCUGGACGCCGCGCGCAUGGCGGCCGGCUUCGGCGAGGAGUUCCAUCGCGCGAGCGCCUUACUCUGGAGUAGGCUGAGGCUGGCGAACCCCGCGGACCCGGCGGAGGCGGAGGCGGCGGCCGAGAAGGCGCUCCAACGAAUCUUCGAGCGAACCCUCGUCGAUCGAAGGGGCGGGCGGAGGGACGGGGAAGGGGACGACGACGCGGACAUCUUGCCGGGCGCCGCGUGGUUGUACGCGGUGCACCUCACGUUCCAACGCCGGAGACGAUCGCGCGACGCCAGGACGUGGCUCACGGCCCGGGUGAACGAGGGGACGCUCACGGCGGAUGCGUGGCGCCGACUCGACGCCGAGAUCGACGACGAAGACGACACAGCUGUGAAGCGAACGGCAGACGACGAAGACGAAGACGACACAGCUGUGCCCGAGGGUGAAGCGAGGGUGAAGUCCCAGGGGUCCCCGCGAACGAAGCCGAGGUCGCCGGGCGGAUCGGGGACCCGGGAGACGGGGCGGGAGACGACGGGGACUAACGCAGGCGCCACUCGCGCCGGCGACGACGGACAAAGUCUCGCGAUGGAUUCCGACGGAUACGAUUCCGUCGACGCGUUCGGGGUGGUCGCGGCGGUGAGGUGGUGCGCCCGGUACAUCGGUGUCGGCGACGAAGGCGCGAAUGGGAUCGGCCCGGCGGCGGCGGGCGCGGCGGUGGUGACGGCGGGCGUGGUGGCCUUCGCGAUGGCUUCGGAGGCCACGCGGGGGUGGCGGCGGCGAAGGGGUGGCGGGCGGCGGUGA